UCUUAUCUCUGCCGGACGAUGAGCGAGAAAUGUAAACAAACUCGGCACGAUAGUUGGGCGGUGAAAAAAUUAUCUCGGUUUUCUGCUGAAAUUUUUACGCUGAGUGGGAAUCAUGUCGAGUGACGAGUCAGGAGAUCAAGUCAUUUUAGCGACAGCUAGUUAUGAUCACAAUAUCAAGUUGUGGCAAGCCCAUAGUGGGAUUUGCCAGCGCACUCUUCAACACAACGAGUCUCAAGUGAAUGCCAUGGAAAUAACGCCUGACCGACAGUUGCUCGCAGCUGCAGGGUACCAGCAUAUCCGUAUGUAUGACAUCAACUCCUCAGCACCAAAUCCAGUUAUCAACUAUGAGGGAGUGAGCAAAAAUGUUACAGCUGUAGGAUUCCAGGAGGAUGGCAAGUGGAUGUUCACAGGGGGAGAGGAUUCUACUGCUAAAAUAUGGGAUUUGAGGUCCAGAAACUUGCACGUGUCGAGAAUCUUCCAAGUUAGUGCUCCGGUCAACUGUGCUUGCCUUCACCCAAACCAGGCAGAGCUCUUUGUCGGGGAUCAGUCUGGAGUGAUUCACAUUUGGGAUGUGAAAACUGAGCAUAAUGAGCAGCUGAUACCUGAACCUGAUGCCAGUAUCCAAAGCAUUGCCAUUGAUCCUGAAGGCACUUACAUGGCUGCGGUGAACAACAAGGGCAAAUGCUACGUGUGGAGACUCUCAGGUGGAACAGGCGAUACACCCAUCACACUCACUCCCACAAAAUCGCUCCUUGCUCACAACAAAUAUGCACUCAAAGUCAAGUUCAGUCCGGAUUCUACCAUGAUGGUAACAACAUCAGCUGAUCACACAGCCAAGAUAUGGAAAACGGCUGAUUUCUCUCAGAUGACAGAGCUCCGAGACAGUAGUCAGCGCUGGGUGUGGGAUGUUGCCUUUUCUGCUGACUCUCAACAUGUUGUGACUGGUUCCUCGGAUAACACGGCACGGUUAUGGUCUGUGGAAACAGGAGAAGUGAAGCGGGAAUACUCGGGACAUCAGAAAACCAUCUCCGCCAUUGCAUUCAGAGAUGUGUUAUACUCUUAAUAUAUGUGUAUAUUUUCCAAGUCUUUGUACAUGCUUUUUCUUUAUUUUACAUAUGUGUGUAAGAUGUAACUUUUGUUGUAUUUCCUUGCUGGGAGUACUUCCAGGAAAUAAUAAGAAACCAAGUCACAUGUAUUUUAUGAAUAUCCUUUUAUGUUAUUUAAGGACAUCUUAAAAUUGUAUAAGUGCUUUAGAUAUUUCAUCUGUUAGAUAUGAAAAGUAACAAUAAAAAUGCCAAAUAUUAAGCAAAAUGUUGAAAUGGAAAAAUAAAGUUGUUGUUGCUUAUGUAAUGUUCUUAAAAUAAACUUAUUGUGGUAUUAAA